CUUUCGAGCUUCAAGCUUCAGCAGCACAUCCUCAGCAACAUUCGCAGUCUUUCAUUAUUUCUAAGCCGUGUAGACCACUCUCCGCACGGCCUUUGUCCUCUUUCGCUUUCUUCAUACCUCAUACUUGGUCUACUUCACACCUCCCCCGCCCACGGGGGCAGGCUCUAAUCUACUUUGUUUCGCACUACCAUUCGACUAGUAUUCGAAUCAUGGUCGCCGUACCUGCACCAUCCAUCACGCUUUCCCAAGAGGAGUGGCCGGACGCCGACUUCGACAUCCCCGAUGGCGUACCGCUCCACACAGGAACCGACUGGGAGAGGGAGGAGGAGGAGGACUGGGACGUAGACAUGAGUCUUGGCAAGACCGGCGGAGCGAAGGCACAGGCUGUCGUCGCCGGAAUUGUAUCCAGAAAAAGUACGUCUCAAAUGGUCAACAUUCGGCCUCCAUUGCCGCCUACGAGCGAGGACGACGAAGACGAGGAGGAGGGCCUCUCGACCAUCAAGGUCGCUGCUCUCCCCAAACCUAUCCCGUCCGCUGUCGACUCUACGCCUUCCAUUGACGACGACGACUUCGAGGACGCGUUCUCUCUUCCCUCGGAUCUUACUCAGCUAUCUCUUCGCCCCCUAUCCCUCCACCACCAAUCGUCGAAAAACUCUCUCGAAUGGGGAGAGAAAGACCAUACAACCUCCUCUCAGUCAUCCGACGCCUACUCUACUCUCGGGCUCGCCGAAAUUUCCCCUUCCUCCUCCAACUCUACCUCAGCUUCACAAUCCCAACCAGAGACCGAUGACGAGGAGGAGGAUCUUGACGGCCUAGUCAUCCCUUCGGGCCUCUUUGAGUCUGCAUCGAGCGCAAAGCACCUUGCAAGGCUACUUGAGAAGAAGCAGAAGGCACCUACUCUAGACGAUAGCGUAAAGAUCGCUAGCCCUGAUCCUGAGGAUGAUUUCGAGAUUGGUCUCGUCAUCGACGACGACGCCGACUUCAAUCCGAGCCGACUCUUGCAGCAGCAUCAGGACAAGCGUAGGUCUUCCAUAGGAUCCCGUGCGAACGGUGCAUCUCGACCGCUCGGGGCAAGGCCGCCUUCCAGGUUAAAGAACGAUCGCCCUAGGUCCCCCGCCAAUCCCCCGCCCUCUUCAGCUCGCCAGUUUCAAAAGCUUAAGGCGCCUCCCUCACCCCCAGAACAUGCUAAUCCGCCGCCUCGUUCCCAGUCCUAUAACGCACUGCUCUCCGCCGAUACUGGACCCUCCUCAUCCCGCUCGGCAAAAUCCGGACCUCUGCGUGGGCAGAAAUCACAUACGGGCCUCAAACCCACUACAUCCCCUACGCAACGCAAACUCGUUCGGAAAGCGUCGUUGUCAGCACUCAUGGAGGUCAGCCAUCCUCAGGCGAUAGCUGCCGAGUCGGCCUCCAAGCCGAGUGAUGCCAAUGGCGCUCGAUACGAAGGGGCCACCGCAGCUUCCCGUGCUAAAACACACAACAGCUCCACUGGUCGCAUGCGUUCGUCGGAAUACGUAGUGCCACCCGCACGACCAUCAACACCGUCAUCGAAUCCAGCUGCCUUACGCCUGACUAUGCCGACAUCGUCUUCUCGUCUCAAAGCGAGAACCCCGAUUACAUCAGUGUUUCCCGGUUCGUCAAAGACUGGGACCGGCCGUUCAUCUCCUGUUCCUGUCCCUGUUCCAUCUCGUCCUCCAUCUUCAACAUCCUUGCGGUCAAAAGCGGCUGCGGGCCCUAGCACUGCGUCAUCGUCGUCAGGCCCGAAAAUAUUGCGCAAACCCAAACGACAACGAACAUACGGAGACGGUACGGAGCUCGAUGCAUUCGAUGACUUGCCCACCGACCGCGACAAGGAGACUCGGUAUCGUGUCGCUCCAAAGCCGUAUGGAAACCGUGUUCCAGGGGCUAUGUACGCCCCGUCCAAGGUAGAGAGUAAGAGCACAACACGGCGGAAGGCUCCGAGAGAUGGUUCAGGUAGUGGUUCAGAUCUUGUUCAGUCUCCAGAAACUAUCGCGCGGCCCUUAAGGCAUGCGAGCCGGAUAGAAUUGGCACCUCAGUCGUCAGCAGCAGACCCAGCUGCGAAGAGAAAGAAGACUGUAAUAUCGCCCACGACGAACCAACGGCGGAAACCUACACUGAUCCGAAAUCUGGGUGGUGCUACUGCUCCAAAAGUCGUCGGGGACAUGAAGUGGAAUCCUCAAACACUACGCUGGGAGGGCAAUGACCAAGCUCUUCGUGACUUCGAUACUGUCGUGGGCACUUCAACACGGCCGGCCCUCAUCACACAUCUGACUGGCUCCUCUGUGGGCUCACCCGUGGGGUCGUUCGCGACUGGUGCUCGGAGGGUUGGUAAUAUGAUGUUCGACCCGAAUAAAAUGUGCUGGAUAUCGACACUAUCGCCGGAAGAGGAUGAACCAGAUGUAUUCGCUGACCUUGCCGACGAUGAACACGAUGGAGACGGGUGGGAGGAAAGAGGAGGCACAAUACGUGCCGGCCAACAGGAUUCAACCAUCACUCCUUCGGAUGUCAGCCGGAGUGCGGCGUCAAGUCGUAUGGAGACGCCCAGCCCAUCCCGGAGUAGCCACAGACGGAGUCCAUCAGAUUCCGGAAGUGAUAGGUGCUCCCGAGCAUCAAUGGUCUGCGAUGUGGACGAUGCGUUCCUGGAGCAGACACGACUAGCAGAGGAACGCCAUAGGGUCGAGAUGAAGGGGUGGAGAACGAAGGUACACGAUGACCGUAGUCAUCUGUACGAUAUCCGUGCUCUCGCCACCCGGAGAUAUUGAUUUUUUUCGCUCUUAUUAUCCUGUGGUAUGACGCAUCUAUAUUGCUGCAUUUUUCCCCCCUCUCUCUAUGCUAGUAACCUAUCUACUUUCAAUUAGCUUUGUUCACCGUCACGACACGUUUCCUCAUUUUUUCUCUCUCAAUUCUGGGCCUCGUCUCGUUGUUUUCCCCGAAGAGGAUAUAUCAGAUCAUGGAGUUCGGACUUGCACCAUUUGUUCUCACUCGUCGCACUCGCACACACAUAUCCGAUACAAAUCGCUUUGUCUGUCUUCCCCUUUGCCCGUCUCUCCCUUGUUUUACCCCAUGCCACUCCCCAUCCUCGAUGUCUCCCCUUUAUACUUGCUUUGUUAAUGCCCCUGUUCGACCGCAUCCCUUUUGGAUGCCGAUGACACUCCUUGACUCCCGAUUCCUUUUCUCCUCCCCUAUGUCUCUGUCUAGUCCGUGUCUCGAUAUGUAGCGAUGCUCCGGAAAAUAUGGAAUAAUAUGACGAAAUGCC